CCCACAGAAGAAGAAGCAGUACCUACACCUGGUUGUUUGUGACCAAAAUGUGCAAUCCGAGAUGAUUUUCUGUUUAUUUUAUAAAUAGUUUUGGCUCUCGUCUCCGCUGAUGAAUAUCGACUAUCUUAAUUCGCUACCUGGCUGUUAGGUAUCACAAGCUAGCCAUGUGGUUUAAAUAGGAAAACUUUUUUUCAAAAGAUCAACCAACGCCAAUUUCGCACAAGUAAGCAGCUGAAAACUACUAAAUGUCAUGAUCUGAGUGGAUGUGGAACUAUCUACGCUAGCUAACGUGGUGAUGGCAGAACGUCGUGUGGAGUGUUCAUGGAAGAGGCAUGUCGGAGAGCAGCUGAAGCAGAGGGACCGUGUGCAGAGGCAGGCCUUCGAGGAGAUCAUCCACCAAUAUAACCGUCUCUUGGAGAAGUCCGAUCUACAGGCUGUUCUUUCAGAGAGAUACCAGUCGGACAAAUAUGACUUUCAGAACAGACAUGACGGCAGCCCGGGGGCAGACUCGAGUCGCAGCGACAACCUACAGCAGGAGAUGGCCCAGAUGCGAAUCAGGCACCAGGAGGAGCUGACAGAGCUUCAUAAGAAAAGGGGCGAGCUGGCCCAGAGUGUGAUUGAGCUGAACCACCAGAUUCAGCAGAAGGACAAGGAGAUUCAGCACAAUGAGGCCAAGAUGCAGGAGUACCAGCGGCAGAUUGCCGAGCUGGAGGGAGAGUGCCGGGAGCUGCGUGGACAGCUGCAGGACCUGGAGCAGGCUAACCAGACGCUGAAGGAUGAGUACGACGCACUGCAGAUCACCUUCGGUGCCCUGGAGGAGAAGCUGCGGCGCACCACCGAUGACAACCAGGAGUUGGUGUCGCGCUGGAUGGCUGAGAAAUCCCAAGAGGCCAACAAGCUCAAUGCGGAAAAUGAGAAAGACUGCAAGCGCAGACAAGCCAAGCUUCAGAAGGAGCUUGCAGAUGCUGCAAAGGAACCCCUGCCCAUGGACCCGGACGACGACAUCGAGGUUCUAACUGAGGAUUCUGGGAAAGGCACGAGAGAGGCCUCUCCCAACCGGCCGCUCAGCCGCACCCCCAGUAAACGUAUCUCCGGACAACCUCCUCAAAGCGGCCUGUUGGACUCGAUCUCCAACAUAUUUGGCGUAUCUGAGUCUGUGCAUCCCGGACUCCUUCCUCCAGACUCCAGGCGUCGUCCUGGGAUCUCUUACGGAACAUCACCUGAAAACACGGAGACGACCUCCGGAGUGUGUGCCGAUGUCCGCGUUCCCUCCACUGCCCUCCAUGUAUUUGAAGCCCAUGAUGGGGAAGUGAAUGCGGUGCGGUUCAGCCCAGGCUCCCGACUCCUGGCCACCGGAGGGAUGGACCGCAGGGUCAAACUGUGGGAAGUGGUCUCAGGUCGCUGUGAGCCUAAGGGUGCUCUGACUGGCAGCAACGCCGGGAUCACCAGUAUAGAGUUUGACAGUGCUGGCUCCUACUUGCUGGCUGCAUCCAAUGACUUUGCCAGUAGGAUCUGGACUGUGGAUGACUACAGACUGAGGCACACGCUGACAGGCCACAGCGGGAAGGUGCUGGCGGCUCGCUUUCUCCUGGACAACGCUCGUAUCGUCUCCGGGAGCUACGACAGGACUCUGAAACUGUGGGACCUGCGCAGCAAAGUCUGCAUGAAGACUGUGUUUGCUGGGUCCAGCUGUAAUGACAUCGUUUGCACAGAGCAGUGUGUCAUGAGCGGCCAUUUUGAUAAGAAAGUGCGGUUCUGGGACAUCAGAGCGGAGAGUAUAGUCUGCGAGCUGGAGCUCCUGGGCCGAGUCACGUCUCUUGACCUGAACCACGACCGCACCGAGCUACUCACCUGCUCCCGGGACGACCUGGUUAAGAUCAUCGACCUGCGCAGUAACGCGGUCCGCCAGACCUUCAGUGCUCAGGGCUUCAAGUGUGGCGCUGACUGGACCCGAGUCACCUUCAGUCCUGAUGGCAGUUACGUGGCGGGGGGCUCUGCAGACGGCGCCUUGUAUGUGUGGAAUGUCCUGACGGGCAAGUUGGAGCGCACCCUGGACAAGAACCACUGCUCGGCCAUCAACUCGGUGUCCUGGUCGCCAUCGGGAGCCUACGUGGUCAGUGUGGAGAAGGGCAGCAAGGCUGUCCUCUGGUCUGACAUGUGAUUGGCUAUGCUCUGCUCUGGCCCUCUGCCAUUGGGUGACUGGCUCUGUCUGGACUGUUCAAUGGAGGCACUGACUGGAUGGGGGUUCCCUAGCCCCACCCUCUAACGGCCAACCCCCGCAUCAACUUUGCCUCACUGGCAUUGGACCAUUCUGUGCUCCGAUACGUUGGGAGGAGUUGUUUUCUUACCUAAAGGAGGUCAUCCGGUGGCCCAUAGGUGGCAGCAGAGUUUUAGUGUCCAGUUGAAUGUGUCAGUGAUGAGCCAUGAAGGCAGAGUUUUCUCUUAAAGUUAAACAAAAUUAUAUAUCCAUUUGAAAUUAUAUCCAACCAAGGCAAGGCGAAUGAGUUAGACAGUUUAACUAAAAGAUGACAUAAAACAGUUGUUGCCAAAUUGCCACUAUAAACAGAGCUGGAUUGUCUGGUUUUUACGGCUGCAAUUGGACACGUCGUUAGGUUUUACAAGACCUUGGGAUGGGCAGAGGUUUUUAAAGUUUAAGUCUGUCUCCUGGGCCCACUUUUUCCAUACUUAUCUGAUCGUAUUUCUGUAAUUGGAUAGAAUUAAUCCGUAGAAAUAGAAUUAAUAGAACACGUGCAUCAUUGACUUGAAUGGGGACGUCUGUUAGAACUAAUCUAUUUCUAUGCAUUUAAUCUAAACAAAUUGCCAAAAUCCGAUCAGGUAACUUUGAAAAACUGUGCCCAGGUUUCAGUUUUAAAUACAAUUUCUUUUUUUGUCCUUAAAAAAAAUAAAUGCAUGGUGCAGUUCCCGGUCUUUCUAAUGUUGUAGCAGUGUUUCCAUUCACUUUGCACCACCUUUGCUGUGUCUGAAAUGGCACAAGGUGGGUGAUUGGUUGGUUGUCUCCAACUGUAUGGGAGCAUUGAGUUGUCUUGUUAAUACUGUAAUGCUGUGCUCUUCAAACCUUGUCCUGGAUACCCACAGGGCCUGUUAUAUAGCUCUGCACCAACACACCACAACAAGUUUAUAAGUAGUUGUACUUGGCUGGAACAAAAGCCUUACACACCUCGUUGGUCCUUGGGACCAGGUUUGAAGACCACUGCUGUAAGGAGUGAACACGUGUUGUGAACAAGAGUGAACACAAUUCUCUAAAACAAACUCAUGUGCCAAUCACAAUGACCAUGCCCCCCAUGUAACAUUUAAACAAGGAAUGCUCUGUUUGAGAUGACAAUUCUCUAGACAGCUGGAAUGAACCCACACACUUGGCACAUCUGCUUAAUACUAUUUAUUCAGGUGGUUGUUCAGUGUUAUGUCCUAUCAGUCACUGUCAACAUUAAAAUAAUGCAAUGUUCCGGUCUUGGAGGGCCACAGCAUGUGCUGGUCUUUUUGAAAUUCUGUUAUUGAUCGGUCGGUCAACUGUUAGACCUGUUUAUUGGUCAGCUCACCUCGAUUCCAGGGGUGAAAUGCUGGGCCGCGUUCUGGAGGGAUGCAUAGUUCAGGACGUUGCAAGAGAUGUUUCCCGUAGAGCUGACAUGAUUCCCCACUAUAAAAGCAUGUACAGUAUGAUCUAAUCUACAAAAUGUAUUUGUAUUGGAACUUUUAUGUAAGCCAAAAGCUGACCCCAUCGUCCAAAGACGUUAAGCAGAUACUGUGGUCCUCCAUAGCCUGGGGAUUAGCUCCACUCCUUAACACUUGCAUGCUGUUUUUCUUAGUUUUUUUUUCUUUUUCAUUUCAAUGGACUUGUUGACACACAUGACAUAUGUGUCAUGUUUACAUGAUGCUGUUCUAAAUAUCAAUGACUAGUAUCUAUCGUUCACCACAUGGGCAGGGAACCCCAGUCCCGCAAGGAUCACUCGGUCCAAUGGGAUCUGCUGACAAAGGGCCAGGUUCAGUAGUGAAAUAUUGUCGAACAUUGCAGGUAGAAAUACCAUAAACAGAAUCAAUGAUUCCUUUGUUCGAUAUGUCAGAGCCAUGUUUACUUAUUUCUAUCUGAAAGUUCCACAACGUUGAGUCCUGAGGGGUAUAGUACAAAGCAAGAUCAAUGCUUUAGCCAGUGAACUUGCCUAAAUAUUCUGAAAUAACAUUUUUUUGAAGGACACGUUUGAAAAUGCAUGGUCUGAUUAAACUAACAACCAGAAGCACAUAUCUUAGUUUAGAUUUCCUAAUGAACCUGAAUCUGAUUAGUUCUGUUUAUCAAAGUUAGCUGGCUAACUCAUUGAUCCUGCUUGUACUAUACACUUCUGCUGAAAGCACCCAAAUUUGCACUUGUAAUUUAUCCAGAGGGGAAAAGUUUAAGAUAAAGUUUGAAGAUCAAUGGUGUCAUGUUUUUGGCUUUGGUCAUGUUUUCCACUCUGACAAUAACUGGUGCAAACACUGAGUAAAUCUGGCACAGAAGUGUCUUUCACUCAUUUAAUAAUGAAAUAUUCACUAUCUGAUUUGAGUUGUAUGAAUACAUGCCCUGGAGGAUGCAAGGCACUGAUAGAAUCAAGCAGGGGAUUCUCUCUUAUGUGUUCUGUUGACAGGCCAGCAUAUCCUGCCCUCUUCGGGGUCAUGUUCAGUAGGCACCAAAUAGGAGAAAAUGAACUGAAACCGGGGAGGACUAUCUGGACUUGUCCAAUAAGACAGCUAAUUUUCGUUUCCCAUUUUAUUUAUUUUUUUGUUCCAUGUUCUUAUGAACAUGACCCAGGACUCCUUUUCCCACAGUUAACUCCAAGCUUCAGUCAUCAUGUACAGGCCAGGGGAAGGGGAGGUUGGUUUUGAAAUGUGCUUGGUAAACUGCUGAUCAGCAGUCCUUUACCCCACCCCUCUGCGAUCAGCAAAAAGAUUGUAAAGCUUAAGUUAUAUUAUGUAUGUAUAUGAAACAUGUAUGUGUUAAUGUAUGCACACUGAGAAAGUGUGGGAACAUUUGUGUUAUAUUGUUUUUUUUGGGGUGAGGCAGAUGGUAACUGACUACAGAUGACGUGUGUCAAUAAAAUUACUAUCUUACUGUU